UUUCCAAGAUGGCGACCUUUCUGGCCGUCAACUUGGUGAAGUAUCUCUGCACUUGUGGAAAGCGCCAGCCUAUAUGUAGAUUAUAUUUGUGUCGCCAUUGCUUGAAACUGCGGUGCGGAGAGUGUGUUCAACAUGAAGUUGACACGCCAUAUUGCCCGAACUGUUUGGAAAAUCUACCCUCUGCUGAAGCCAAAAUGAGGAAAAACAGAUGCAGCAACUGUUUUGACUGUCCAAGUUGCGGCCACACGUUGAUGACUCGUGCCACCAGUCUCAUGGUAGCAAACCCUGAUGAUGCCAACAAGUCAACUCCCAAAAAAAUGUACUACAUGGCCUGUGGAUUCUGUCGCUGGACUACACGGGAUGUGGGGAUGGCGGACCAGCUCUCUUCCAGUGGAGGAUGGCAGGACCAGGAGAAUGAGCAAGUCAAGCGGAUAAACUCCCUGUUGGAUUACCAUCGCCAGAUGUCCCAGCGUGAGAAAGCAGAAAAAGAGCGCAAGAAAUAUGUUAAACGGAGGACUCACCUUUACUAUUCAGAUAAGUACGGGCUGACAUCUGUAGCUGCUGCCAAGAGAAAGUCCAUUGCUGCCAUGUCAAAUAUGAGUAUUAAGGAUGGGGAUGAACCUCCUGCCCCGGUCGAGCCUGGGGAGACUGUCACAGACUUUGACUCUCUCCCUGAUGAGAUUUUCACUGAGGCUGUGGAUUUAUCGAAAGCAUCGAGCAUGAAGCAGAGACUGGCCACGCCCGAGUUCCAGCCUCCAGGUGCCUUGAAGCUCUAUCCGCAGCACAAGCACCUGUUGAUCAGGAAAUCUCUCAGGUGCAAGGAGUGUGAACAUAACCUGAGCAAGCCUGACUUUAACCCAGUCUCCAUCAAGUUCAAGAUCCAGCUUAUAGCACUGAACCAUGUCCCAGAGAUCCGCAUCCUGUCACCAGCUGUCUUCCUGCCACAGAAGGAGACCUUGGUCACGCUGACACUGAGCAACCCGUCAGUGUACAAUACCACGGUGCACUUUCUGUCCCUGGAUGAUGAGAACGAGACUGGCGACGAGGUCAAUGCCAAAUGUGUGCUGCCAAAGGGAGAGUUAGUGAUCGCACGUCGUGACGAUGCUGCCAUGUACGAUGAUCAGAACCAGCUGCAGCAAGAGUUCAAGGAUGACCCUGGUGUGAUAGCAUUCCGGAAGUCCAACAAGAUUGGCAUCUUCAUGAGAGUGAAGCCCAACUUGAAAGAGGGGGAUGUCAAGGUGCGUUUCCGGAUGCAGCACGAGUACCGCAACACGACCACGGCACUGCAGAGUGAGGACAAGGAGCCCCAGAUUGUAUGGCUGGAACACACCAUCUACAUGGCAGUCGGCCAGAUACAGAGCAAAUAGAGGGAAGCAGACCCAGAUUGUAUUGCUGGAACACACCAUCUACAUGACAGUCGGCCAAAUACAGAGCCAGGGGAAGAGUUGGCCAACUCACACUGAUCAGGGCCCACUUGCACAAAGCGAUCUUAACACUAAGAUGAUCGUAACUCACAUUCUUUAACAUUGGCUUACGAUAGUCUUAUAGCUAAGAUUGCUUUGUGCAACUGGGUCCAGGAGUCUGGUUGACUGGGACACCUCAUCCAGUCUACCAUUAAUAAUUGAAGCAAACUAUAUAUUCUGUCUUUGCGCACCAAAAUUCGCGAAGUCUUCAGACUUCCUUGUCAUCUGGUUGAUGUGACAAUAUGUCACGGUUGACUGAAAGUCAGUUUGUUUCGUAUAAUUGUGUAACACCCUUGAGAUUAUGUCAACGGUUCAGUUUAACUCCAUUAGAUUAUCAACACCCAUAGUCACAAAUGUUUGAUGCAGGAAUACUUAACAGAAGCUUGUUUGAGCUAUGAGUGUCAUCUACAUCAUAUGCCAAGUCGCAUGUAAUGCUCUGUCAGCCUUGAACAUGUCAUACAAGUGCAAUAUGUGUGUCUGUGUUUUGUCAGUAACAUCACUAUCAGCCAUCUCAGUGGAAGCAGCCUGUUCAGUGUAGAACCAACGAGUUACAACAAAUUACAGUGUAUCCUCAACAAUGAGUGCAUGUCGUAAGCCCCUAGACUUUGGCAAGACUUGCAGAAUUCAUUCACAACAGACGGAUAAUUCGUAAAUUCUAAGCUCCAAAAUAUAUAUACUACUCAAAACAAGUUAAAGAACAUCCACAAUUGGAAGACUGUGUGUUGCAAUAUUCACCAGGCAUGACAGUUUAACUAUAGUCAUGUGAAAAAAUCAAGUGGUCUUUUCCUUCUCGGAGUAGUAUAUAUUACUCAAUGUCAUUUUAAGAGGAAACUGAAGAAAAAUCUAUGAUAUGUCAACCUUUUAGAGAGGCUCACCUAUUGUACCGAUGACAAUGUAAUCACGUUUUGACACCAUAUCAUAUUGUUCUCAACACUGAAAUAGUGUGACAUCAUAUUGCUCUUUUGACCAAUCAGCACUGAGAUUGCAAAAAUAUAUGUGCAAAUAUCAGAAAGUUAUUACCCUUAAUCUUUCUACCCUACAUGGUGAUAACUAAAAAUAUUGCUGGUUAACUCGGGAGUGGUUUAUUAUGAUUUAUCUGUGGUGCUUAUUCAUGGAUAUAUUCAAACUAAUAUAUCUUGAGUAUCUACAUUGGUAAAGGUCUAAUAUUCCCAUUUAUGUUUGGUCCCCUUCUUAAUGUUGUAGGGUAUAGCCACUUUGCCUCAAGUCUCCAUGUUUUCUCUAGGUUUCCACUGAGUAGUAUUUAUUUCCUUGUAUAGAAAUGCAUUUAUUGGAAAUGUUUUUAUUUAAAAAUGUAUAUUGAUAACUGUUUGAAAUGGAAGUGGUGAAUGGAAAAUUCUGUACAGUUCUGUGAAUAUAUAGGCAAUGAUUGAAUGAUAUAGUUAAUGCACCAAGACUACAUGGAGUAGUUGUCAUGUUCCAUUAGAUGCAGUUGCAGUGGUGACAGAUGGUAUUUAUUUCCUUAUUGCUCAUUGAACUGGAUACAAUAAAUAAACACAUGAAUUGGUUCUAUUUUUGAUCAGGAAAUAAAAAUAUUGUCAUACCCCCACCCCCCAACCCCCUGUAGUUAUUAUUAUCAACCAGAACUCAGUUUUCCUUCCUUCCCUGAAAGGAGGCUUGUGGAAAUAUCAGACCUCUGAUCCUUAUCAUUGCAUGUUGUCAACUACCACAAUGUCAGCCCCUGUCCCUGUUCUGUCAGUGUCACAAUAUUAUCAAUUAUGAGAAAUAGAUUAGAUAGUAAUCCAAGUAAUCCAAGUAAAGGGAAAGUUUCUAACCAUAUUUUCAUUUGUGUGAAGGAUCUUGUAAUAAUGUCUGACGUAUUGGGUGUACAGUUCCUGCAUGGAACAUUCUGUUAUGAGCCGUUAAUUCCCCUUUCUACAGUUCCUUCUAUUCAAUGAAAGACAAAUUGCGAUGUGUGGCUGUGGCUAAGUCAGUUGGUAUAUGAGGAGCUUAAAACAAUAUUUCCUCUCUAUUGCAAUAGUUGUAUAGCUGUAACAGUAGCAUGAUGGCAAUUUUUACCUUCCCACAGUUCCUUGCCAUUUUUAUCUAACAUGGUGUCCAAGCUCAGGAAAUGAGUUACAGGGGGUAGUUUUUCCGGUGGUGGUGAAGCCCAUUUCUUGUGUCCCCUGCCACAAUGCUACUGGACUGUUGCUAAAGUGGGGUUAAACUCACUCCCUUCGUUUCUCUAUUCUCUGAAAAGUUUUGAUACCAAUAUGCCUCUUCAACAAAGAUGUUUUAGGGAAAAUGAAUGGUAAAAUAAAUCAUUAUUGCAUGGAAAUUAACUUUUUUCUCAUACUUCUGUUUAGAACGGUCGGGGACCGUAUUAAUGUUAAGCAUUGAUAUUUUAAUUUGUCGUUGCUGUAUUGCUACUGGGGUCCUCGGACAGUUUUCAAUACAUCUACAGCUAGAUCGAUUAUUACACCUCUAGUUGUCAUGUGUAAGAAAUCCCAUUGAGCAUUGAAGGAAUGUACCACUGUCAAAGUUGAUUGUUAAAAUGGUGACUCUAUUUAUCUUGUUUAUCUCUUGCUUGAUGCUGAUGUUUCAAAGUGCUAAUAAAGCCUUAAAAAUGUU